AUGGUAUUCACUGUCGUUGCCACAGGUGAUCUUGUCAUCAAUGGCCCUCUUCAGCGACCUGUCGAUCAGAAUCAGGUCUACGAUCAUGUGAGAAACGCAGAUUCGUGCUUUUCCAACUUAGAGAUGCCCUUCAGCAGGGACGGGUUGCCGUCUGAAAAAUUGAUUGCCCUGAAAUGUGACCCUAUUCACGCCCCAAUAAUCCGUGAUGUCGGCGUGGACGUUGUGACGAUGGCCAAUAACCACGGGAUGGACUAUGGCAACGAAGGCCUCCUGACGACAGCUGAAGCACUUGACGGUGCUGAUGUUGCCCACGUCGGAUUCGGCAAGAAUAGUCUUGACAGUUUCGCACCUGUGGUGAAAAAGAUCAAGAACACAAAUGUGGCGUAUAUCGGUGUCACCACAACUUUGCCGAAUGGUAGCGGUGCUGGUCCCUCGCGGCCUGGACUCGCUGGAGUGCGCGUUUUCACCAAAUAUGUGAUCGAUACCGUCACGCUCGACGAGUCCCCGGGGAUGUCGCCAUUUUCCGAGACCGUCACGUACAAGCCAGAUGAAGAGGUCCUUCUCCAGACUAUUCGCGACGCGAGAGCUAAAGCAGAUGUCGUCUUGGUGGGUAUCCAUUGGGGCGUGCCCUAUGGAUGGGUAGCUGCGACACAAGAUGAGAUCGCAACAUAUCAGCAGCCAUUAGCACACGCAAUAGUCGAUGCUGGAGCAUCAGCGAUUUUCGGCCACCAUCCACACGUAGUUCAGGGGGUUGAACUGUACAGAGAAGUUCCUGUGUUUUAUAGUCUGGGAAAUUUUAUCUUCAGCAACACCAUUGUUACUCCCAACGCUGAUUUUCGGAAAUAUCCUCCUUACAGUUGGACCAGUCUGCAAGCAACGCUUUCCAACAUUGGGGCUCUAGCAAAGAUAUCUUGGGACGGAGGCAGAUUGAUAGAUUGCUCAAUCAUCCCGUUGACUAUUGCGGAGGAUGGUGAGCCUUGUGAGGCUACAACGAAGGAUACUGAGGUCCUGAUAUCGCGCCUGAAUAUUCUGUCUAAGGGUCGCGGUGUGCAUUUCGACUUGAGACAGCUCGAAGGCGGAUUCGAAAUCGGCAUAGUGAAAGCAUAG